AUGAAGGCGAAUCUUGGACUUUCACAGGAGAUCAUCGCUGGGCUGCAGAAGGAAGUGAAUAUAAUUAUCCAUGCGGCCUCCACGAUCAAUUUAACCUAUUCACUUGGACAGGUGUUUGACCAUAUCGUCCUACCAAGCGAAUCCCUAGCUCAGAUGGCUCUAGGUUUUACCAACCUCGAUCGAUUUGUUUAUGUAUCCACAGCCUUCGCCAACACACAUCUCUACAAGCUUUCCGGCAAGCCACAGACAGAGAUAAAUGAAGAGAUUUACCCACUCCUGGGCGAGGGAAGUUUGUUGGAUGACAGCCUUCUCAGUGCACAGGAUGCCCGUGAUGAAAUCCAGAAGACUGGCUCCUCGACUGAGUAUGAACUCCAUGAUUUUCCCUGGCCUUAUGCGUAUGGAAAACACCUCGCAGAAAGAUUGAUCCUGAAUCUCUUCAUCGAAAAGGGUUGGGCAUCCAAGGUGUUAGUACUCCGCCCUUCCGUGAUUGGACCAGCAGAGAGAUAUCCAUACCCGGGAUAUAGUGUUCCCUUGUCAACACCAUCAACAGCUCUUGCGACUGCAAUAGUUGCAUCCCCUGUCUUUACUGUCGUGGUACCUACACGGUGUUCAAAACCAGAAACCGAAGCGACUAUUGACGAGGUUCCAGUAGAUGUUGUUGUUGAUCGAAUGAUAGCCCAUGUGGCCUUUGAUACCACCGGUUGCAUCCAUGCUGUGGGAAGCGAACGCGGCCGCCUUAGCUUCAUGGACUUCUGGGGCGCCGCGAUGAAGCUACGAAGACUACCAUGGGAGCCGCGGAUAAUUUGGUCAUCGACUGUUGAUUGGCAUUCACCGGAUUUGCACCCUGUGCUGCGACUCUAUGUUAUUCCGGGCACUGCCUUCCUCUUCACAGAGGAGAAGACCACGAAACUCUUGCAGAGACUUACUCCAGAUGAACGGGAUGAUGUGGUUCUGUUCAGGAAUACCACGGGGAAGUCGUACGAGUUGAUAUCCAGGCGAGAGCACAUUCGCUUCCUCAUCGGAUUAUUUGCAAGGCGAACUAUCUUUCCAGCGUGGUUAUUGCGAUAUUUGUGUCGCUGA